AUGAUGGACAGUGCUGAAGCAAGUGAUAUCCAAAUAACUUUCCUAUUGAUCAAUCAUUGGCACUACCCAGGUUAUUAUGGUGUGGUCGGUUCCGGCGGCAAGGACUUUGGCGGAACCUGCUGGAGUUGGCGUAAACUGUGCCCGAACCGACUCAGAUUUCAACGGAUCCAGUUGCCGGAAUGGUCGACCUGGGAUAUAUAUGCUUUGCAACAAUUCCAAAAUGUCAACCAAGAAUUGCAAAGCAUCAAGGCCGAAUUGAAAAAAGCAACGGGAAGCUCAACACCGCCGGGUGAAACGGUGACGAAUAUACAAUCGCCAUUAGAACCCAGCCGUCCAUCUUCAUCUCCAAUGUCUUUCGAUGUAGACAAUCAUCUCUUCAAAUUAAUAAGCGUGAUGAUGAUGACAAUGACCCAAUGCUCAUUCUCUCCAUGCGAUUUACAUUUUGGUGCGAAAAAUCAAACUAAUGAAGAUAGAUUACUCCUGUAUACACAACUGGAUGGUAUUUAUCUACUUCAAGAACAAGUCAAUAAUCCAUUAGGACGUGAUGAGAGAAAAACUACUGACAAGGUGGUUUUAUCAAUUGUUUAUCAUGGUGAAUGUCCAUCGUCACCUUUUCUAUCGACGACGUUAGGUAUAACUGGUGCAGUAGGUGUGAUUUUAAGCAUCCUUGCUGCAGUUAUUCAUCGGUAUGAUGCAUAUGAUGGUACGAAUAGAUGGAAUCUGUAUGUCACAUGUCUAUUAUUGAUUUAUUUAAUUGGAUCACGAGUUGUUGUCAGUAUCUUUGCAUUUCGACUGGCAUCGCGAAGAUUGGAUGAAAUUCAGUGUGCAGCAGUACUAUACUGGUGUUCGACAUUUCUGAUCAUUAUAUCUUACAGUAUCAUCAUAAUUACAUCAUGUCUCUUGGUCAAGUUGGUUUUACUACAACGGCGAGAUAGCUUCUAUCAUAAACCGACUGACACUAAACCUUCCAGCCUGUUGGAAGUGUAA